AUGGCGUCUAGAGAAGGAAAGAGGCGUAAUCAUCAUCAUAAUCAUGAGAAUCUUGUGCCUCUUGCUGCUUUGAUAAGCAGAGAGACGAAAGCUGCGAAGAUGGAGAAACCAAUUGUGAGAUACGGACAAGCUGCUCAAUCUAGGAAAGGAGAAGAUUAUUUCUUGAUCAAGACAGAUAGUCUUCGAGUUCCUUCUAAUUUAUCAACUGCUAUUUCUGUCUUUGCGAUAUUUGAUGGGCACAAUGGAAAAGCUGCAGCGGUUUUUACUAGGGAGAAUUUGUUGAACCAUGUUCUUAGUGCUCUUCCAAGUGGGCUUAGCCGUGAUGAAUGGCUUCACGCCUUACCCCGUGCAUUAGUCUCUGGGUUCGUGAAGACCGAUAAGGAGUUUCAGAGCAGAGGAGAAACUUCAGGUACAACAGCUACGUUUGUGAUAGUAGAUGGAUGGACUGUGACCGUUGCAUGUGUUGGGGACUCGCGUUGCAUCUUGGAUACUUCAGGUGGUUCUGUUUCCAACCUCACUGUGGAUCACAGGCUCGAAGAUAAUACAGAAGAGAGGGAACGGGUGACUGCCAGUGGUGGAGAAGUUGGAAGGCUAAGCAUUGUUGGAGGCGUUGAGAUUGGUCCUCUACGGUGUUGGCCUGGAGGUCUCUGCCUUUCAAGGUCUAUCGGAGAUAUGGAUGUCGGAGAGUUUAUUGUUCCAGUCCCCUUUGUAAAGCAAGUGAAGCUAUCGAACCUUGGUGGAAGGCUUAUUAUCGCCUCAGAUGGAAUAUGGGAUGCUCUCUCGUCAGAAGUGGCAGCUAAAACUUGCCGUGGAUUACCUGCUGAACUUGCUGCUAGACAAGUAGUUAAGGAAGCAUUGAGAAAAAGGGGACUAAAGGAUGACACAACUUGCAUAGUUGUCGACAUAAUCCCACCCGACAACUCGCAAGAACCACCGCCUUCUCCUCCUAAGAAGCACAACAACUUCUUCAAAUCAUUGCUCUUCAGAAAGAAAUCAAACUCAACUAACAAACUUGCCAAGAAACUAUCCACUGUCGGUAUCGUUGAAGAGCUUUUCGAAGAAGGCUCUGCAAUGCUCGCCGAAAGGUUAGGAUCCGGUGACUGUUCUAAGGAAUCAACAACAGGAGGAGGGAUAUUCACGUGUGCGAUAUGCCAACUAGACUUGGCUCCAAGCGAAGGUAUAUCAGUCCACGCGGGUUCAAUCUUCUCGAUGAGCCUAAAGCCAUGGCAAGGACCGUUCUUAUGCACAGACUGUCGUGACAAAAAGGACGCUAUGGAAGGAAAACGCCCAAGCGGGGUUAAAGUCAUUUAG